AUGGAAAGUUAUGUACUACGACAGAAUCAAGAACCAUUGCAAAGCAUUCCUUGCCCUUCAAGAAUACCAGAAUAUCAAUUUCUCUCUCUAGGGUUUCAUCUCCUAUCCUAUCUCUCUCUCUCUCUCUCUAAAAACAUCUGUUGGACCUUUACAGAACCAUCAGCAACAAUGGUGUUUCGGAGAGGCGAUCGGGUGGAAGUUGCAAGCAAAGAAGAGGGGUUUAACGGUUCAUACUACGCAGCAACAGUAAUUUCAGAGCUUCUGAAGAAAGAGUACAUAGUGCAAUACAAGACCCUCCUGAAAGAUGAUCUAUCUGGACCUUUGAGAGAGAUUGUCUCCGUCGACGAGUUCCGGCCGGCACCGCCUGAGAUUCCGGCUACUGGGUUGGGUUUGUAUGACAAAGUUGAUGCUUUUGACAAUGAUGGCUGGUGGGUUGGGAAGAUCACUGGGAAAAUUGGGAACGAGUUCUUCGUGUAUUUGAGACUACCGGAGAUGAGAUUGUUUACCCAUUGGAAAACUUGA